CACGCGGAUCGGGUAGCGACACUUGUAUUCGGCGGGCCCUUGUAGAGAAGACGUUGCUGGAAAGAGACGAGAGACAACAAAAGCUGCCAUUUCCAGUAACAGCUGAACAACAUGGAGGAGAUGUGCCUGCCUGUCCAGGGAUGUCCAGAUGUGGGAUAUAAAUGUGACGAGGGGGUUUCAAAAGAGAUGUGUGAUGAUGAAGAAGAGAAGAAUCGCUUACUGCAGACGGGUCUCCUUUCCAUGUUUACCGUGGAGAAAAGUUUGGACAUUAAAGAAGAGGACAGAGAGUGGGAAACUGCUUACCUUCAGCAGGUGAGUCACAGCAUUAAAGAGGAGGAUUAUGAAAGGGUGACUGUUGAUAUUAAAGCAGACCCCGAGUCUACAUCUUAUAUCUCCAACGUAUGGAAGGAUGAAGUCAUAAAUGGUAUAAAGGAAGAAGAAGACCUUAAAUCCGAGUCUGACUUUCAGGCUUUUUAUCCAGACACACAGGAUCCUGAAUUAGACUUCACACCCAGUAGUAGCAGCAGCAGCUCUCUACAGCAUCAUUCUAACCCGGUGAAGUCAGAAACUUUGGAAUUUGACACAAAAAGGUCUGCAGUAGCAUCGGGGUCAGGUGAUUCUGGAACAGCAGAUUUACAAGAUGGUGGUUUCUCCUUACCUUUGUUCACUCAGACGUCUGAGGCUAUGAGGAAAAUAACAUCUGGAUCAGGAAAUGGAGCAGCAGAUCCUUUGAAGGGUACAUCUGUGCCUGUGGUGAGGCUAACAAAGACAGACGCAAUUGGUACUCACCUACCGGUAUUUAAUGCGGUAUCAUUAACUUCAUUGGUCAGUCAGGAAAGGAGAAGUAGUAAGCGCUUAUUAUGCACAGUUAAAUACAAAGGGAAGGAAAGUUGUGCAGUGCGUAAGCUGUAUUGUCUUAAAUGUGGCAAAAAAUUUUCCAGCCAAAGUAGUCUUAACAAACAUGCAAGAAUUCACACUGGAGAGAAGCGAUUUUGCUGUUCUGAAUGUGGCAAACGCUUCUUCAGCCACUGGCAACUUGUGAUUCAUGCAAGGUUUCACACUGGCGAGAAGCCGUAUGGCUGUUUUGAAUGUAAUAAACGAUUCACUAAUCGUAGCUCUCUUCAGAUGCACAGGAUAUUUCACAGUGGAGAAAAGCCGCAUCACUGCUCUCAGUGUGACAAACGAUUCGCCACCAUUUCCCAUCUUCAAAUUCACACAAGACGUCACACUGGAGAGAAACCAUAUGGCUGUUCUGAAUGUGGCAAACAAUUCUUGUGCAAAAGCAGUCUUGAUAUCCAUACAAGAAUUCACACUGGAGAGAAGCCAUAUCAGUGUUCUGAAUGUAACAAACAAUUUUACACCCGUGCCCAUCUUAAGAUUCAUACAAGAGUUCACACUGGAGAGAAGCCAUAUCAGUGUUCUGAAUGUGACAAGCGAUUUACCACCAGCAGCUCUCUUCGGAUGCACUCAAGACUUCACUCGGGAGAUAAGGUAUAUUACUGUUCUGAAUGUGACAAACAAUUCACCACCAGUACCUAUCUUCGGAAGCACACAAGGCUUCACACUGGAGAGAAGCCUUAUCACUGUUCUGAAUGUGACAAACAAUUCACCACCAGUGCCUGGCUUCGGAAGCACACAAGGCUCCACACUGGAGAGAAGCUGUAUCAAUGUCCUGAAUGUGACAAACAAUUUAUCGCCAGUUGGCAACUUGAGAUUCACGCAAGACUUCACACCGGGGAGAAGCCAUAUUGCUGUCUUAAAUGUGGCAAACGAUUCAACUAUAAGGGGAGUCUCAUAAGACACACUAGAAUUCAUUUAGGACAAAAGCUGUUUCACUGUUUUGAAUGUGACAAGCAUUUCUCGAGUAGUAGCUACCUGAAGAUACACAAAGCAAUUCACACUGGAGAGAAGCCAUAUUGCUGUUCCAUUUGUGACAAACGAUUUGCCACUAGUAAGCAUCUUAAAAAACACACAACAGUGCAUCUUAAAAUCCACACUGGAGAGGAGCCCCGAGAGAAGCCAUAUGGCUGUUCUGAAUGUGGCAAACAAUUUUCAAGUAGUAGCUAUCUUAAGGUACACAAAACAAUUCACACUGGAGAGAAGCCAUAUUGUUGUCCUGAAUGUAGCAAACGAUUUGCCACUAGAAAGUAUCUUAAAGUACACUCGACAGUUCACACAGGAGAGAAGCCAUAUGGCUGUACCGAAUGUGGCAAGCAGUUCUCUACCAAGGGAAGUCUCAUUAGACACACUAGAAUUCACACUGGAGAAAAGCCUUUUUGCUGUUCACAAUGUGAGAAACAGUUCUCUACCAAUAGCAGUCUUGCAAGACACAUUCGAUUUCACAACCGAGAGCCCUUCUCCUGUGCAGAAUGUGACAGGCAAUUCUCUACGAAGAACAGUCUUGUGAAACACACUAAAUUCCACACUGGCGUAAAACCCUUUAGCUGUUCAGUAUGUGACAAGCAAUACAGUACUCGGAGAAGUCUUAUGAAACAUGCUCAAAUUCACACUGGAGAAGAUCAUAAGGCAAAAGAAAGUCAAGCAAUCUGUUGAUCAUCUCCGGCAUCCGAGUGUCUUUUCUGUCCACCUUUGGGAGAGUCAAUGAACACGAUGAAUCUGUAGUGGCGUCACUCAUGUGAGCGUGGCACACACUGCACCCUUUCACAUAUUCAAGAAACAACAGUGCAGUUGUCAGUACAAGUGACAGUUGUGUAACCUUUUGACUUGAGGAUGAAACCUGUAAACCUAGUGGUCAGGGUGCCUAUAGUUUUGAGCAGAAGAGGGAGAAAGUGACUGUUCAGGAUGGCUGUGGUCUUCAUGUCUUCUUUUUUUUAUGUGCAUGAAUUUGAGCUGACCAGAAGAAAGCUGUGUACCAGUGAUAUUCUGUGCCAACUUCAUCACCCUCAUCAUGUGAGGUCCCAUGUGAGGAUUUUAUGCAUUGAAGACAGACUGCAAAUUACACUCCUAGAAGACAGAGCGGUUAGAUGAAGUUAUCCAGACUCUCCUCAGAUGGAAAUUGAUGAGCCAUCUUGCUGAUAGCCUGAAGUGGGCACAACACAUUUUGGUUGUCCGUGAUAUUGACUCCAAGACAAUUAAAUCUGCCAACCCACCUUACAGCAUCUCCCUUGUGAUACAAGUAAGUGUGCAAUUUGAUGUCCAUGCAGAGAAAUGAAUCUGGGAGCUGACCAGAAGAAAGCUGUGUACCAGUGAUAUUCUGUGCCAACUUCAUCACCCUCAUCAUGUGGGGUACCACAUGAGGACUUUAUGCAGCCUUUGAGGAUGGACUGCAAAUUACACUCCUGGAAGAUAGAGUGCUUAGAUGAAGUCGUCCAGACUCUCCUCAGAUGGAAAUUGAUCAGCCAUCUUGCUGAUAGCCUGAAGUGGGCACAACACAUUGUGGUUCUCCAUGAUAUUGACUCCAUCCUUUAUCCAACCCACUAUAUCCUAACUACAGGGUCAUGGGGGUCUGCUGGAGCCAUCCCAGCCAAUACAGGGUGCAAGGCAGGAAACAAACCCUGGGCAGGGUGCCAGCCCACCGAUAUUGACUCCAAGGCAAUUAAAUCUGCCAACCCUUCCUACAGCAUCUCCCUUGUGAUACAAAUAAGUGUGCAAUUUGAUGUCCAAUCAGAGAAAUGAACCUGGGAGAGGAUCUUUGUGUUUUCUCA